CCGAUGCGCUUGGAAACCGCUCGGAUCGAAUAUUUCUAUUUCUCCAUGACCGAUGGAUUGAUUUGACCGGGGUCGCAGCGCAGAGAGCUCGUGUCGUGUUCAUGUUCGUUUGCGAGAAGCGGAAGGACGGACAGCCGGGCCACUGCGCUGCCGGUGCUCGGUUGCCCGAGGCGCCGUGGUUCUUGAGUUCUGCGUCCGUGGGAGGGAGAAAUCGCGCUGCUGACCACGGACGGAUCAGCUGCAAUCAGGCGGCCUAGGGCGCGUGCAGCCAACAAUGCGAAUUUGCUUCUGAGGGCUUAAGCGAUAUAUCGUGGGGAUAUCUCGUGGCUCGCGAGGUUGUCCAGUACCGUCUGUGGAUUCGCGGUGCAGCGAUUCGAGCCACUACGACGCACAGCAGCUGCAGGUUUUGUCAAGUCUCGAAGGAACUCGCAGGCUUUACCGUUUGGUCGGUCAUCACAUUUGUGUACGCGCUCAGCAUCUGGAGGCGUAGUUUGGGACUCUAUAUUCUAUGGGAUGUGCGGAGCAGGAAUCAGGGAAUGGCACCACUGACGGCAAGAAGGAGCAAAUGGACUCCGGCAGCGCUGCCGGCGAUGCAGUUUUAGCUUGCGUGCGUUGUAGCAAGCUUGCUCGUCUUCAAUGCCCAAAAUGCCUCGAGCUGAAACUGCCUCGUGCGAAUGGAGCCUUCUGCUCUCAAGAUUGCUUCAAGGCCGCUUGGGGCUCACACAAAGUGGUGCACGCGGAAUCCAAACGAGCUGUUAUCCGGGCUGACAAUCCUCAGGAUCAAAUUGCGGAGGCCCUCUCUCGCGGGUGGCUGUAUUGUUUGCAGAAAGGACAGCAUAGAUCUGGACGAGCACCGAACUUCGAUUGGACAGGGGAUUUACGCCCUUACCCGAUUUCUGCAAGAAGAUUUGUUCCAGAGAAUAUCCCUCGUCCUGAAUGGGCCUCAAAUGGAAACGCGAGCGCAGAGCAGUACAGUGAGUUGCAAAACAGCGUUGAGAUCAAGACUCCAGAGCAGAUUCAGCGUAUGCGGGAGGUCUGCAAGAUUGCUAGGGAUGUUCUCGACGCGGCCGCCAGAGCAGUGAAGCCAGGAGUAACUACGGAUGAACUUGACGAGAUAGUGCAUGAAGCCACGAUAGCUGCAGGCGCAUAUCCAUCUCCUCUUAACUAUCACUUUUUCCCCAAGUCGUGCUGCACAUCGGUGAACGAGGUGAUAUGCCAUGGAAUUCCGGAUGCCAGGCGUUUGGAGGAUGGUGACAUUGUGAACGUAGACGUUACUGUUUACUACAAAGGGUACCAUGGUGACUUGAAUGAAACUUACUUCGUGGGUAAAGUGGACGAGGCUUCUCAAUUGCUUGUGCAAAACACAUAUGAGUGCUUGGAGAAGGCAAUUGCAAUUGUCAAACCGGGUGUACGCUACCGUGAGGUCGGCGAAGUCAUCAGUCGUCAUGCAUCACUUGCUGGACUUUCAGUGGUGAGAUCUUACAGUGGACAUGGCAUAGGAGAGCUUUUCCAUUGUGCUCCCAAUAUUCCUCAUUACUCCCGGAACAAGGCUGUCGGUGUGAUGAAGGCUGGACAAACCUUCACUAUUGAACCGAUGAUCAACGCUGGUGUUUGGCGAGACAGGAUGUGGCCUGAUGGCUGGACAUCUGUUACAGCUGACGGGAAGAGGACCGCGCAAUUUGAGCACACACUACUGGUGACUGAGACAGGAUGUGAAGUAUUAACAGCACGGAUCCCAACAUCACCACCCGUCUUUCCUUGGUUAAGCUAAUUCAGGCAUGAGUGAGAGUUUUCUGUUUAAGUCUUGUGAAGAGUGCUCGGAGUGGACACAGUUGAGUGUCCAGCUAGGUGAGUAGAUAUGUCGCCUGCAGUGAUCGGCACACGCGAGAGGCAUGGGUCAAUCAAGGUUAAACAGUCGAUGCAGAGAAUUAAGGUGGCAAGUCGCACAUAUCAUAUCAAACCCUCAAGUAAAACUUACAGAUAAAUCUGAUGGUCUUCUGUCUACCGAAACAGAUGCUGUAUGUCAUGUGUUGAAAAUCCAUCAGAAGGUGCUGGUAGAGAUCAAUCUGAAGACCACCUUUUCAUCAUCCGAUUACUACUUAGGCAUAUGCUGUCGCUCGGAGUUGGAAACGUCUGAGAAUUUUGGAGUUAGGCAGAUUGUACGUAACUCCACCGUCUGUAGCCCAGGGUUGCAAGCAGGGCAACCGUCUCCGCGAUCGCAUCACUGGAAGUUGGGCUCUUGGUAAAGUCAUCUAUUUGGAUUCAGCAAUAAAGUACAUUUUUCUCGUCUGCACUGCAAACU